CCUCUCCUCCCCCGUCCCCGCGCGCGAUCCAACCCGGCCAUAAGACGCCACCUCCCCGCAUCUAUCGCCACCUUAUCAUCUCGCCUCCAACCCCGACGAGAGCCAGGCACCUACCUGCUGCGGCGGCCCAGAGAGAUGGACGGCCGGCGGCCGGAGAUGCGGCGGACGAUGACGCUGUCCGAGCAGCUGUCCACGCCCGACCCGGCCAUCCGCGACUUCCUCAAGAUCCCCCACGACGCCGACGUCGGCGAAGGCAAUAGCACCUCGGUCGGCGGCGGCAGCGACAGGACGACCGGCUGGAAGCCGCUGCGGGACCGGCUCCGGCUCCGGCGCGCGGUGGGCGCCUGGCAGAAGCCUAAGCCCGGCGCGGCCGCGGCCCACGCCCGGACGAACAGCGGCGACGUCGGCAACAUCAGCAGCGCCAAUAACCGCAGCAACAAGUACAACUACAGCCCCGGCGAGGCGGCGGCGGCGUUCUCCCGCACCUUCUCCCGCGCACCCUCGCUCCGGGCGCCCUCGCUUAAGUCGACGCCCACGUUCUCUCGCGUCGCGUCCACCCGGGUCGGCCCCGCCUCCGGCUCCCGCUCCAGCUCCAGGCGCCCUGCGACGCAGGACUUCCGCGACGUCGACGGGGAAGACGAAGAGGACGACGACGAGGAGGAGGAGGAGGACGACGACGAGGAGGAGGAAGAGAAGGAGGAGGCGCCCGCGGCGCAGAUGUCGCUGAUGGCGCUGCUGGGGCAGACGGACGACAGCCAGUGGGACGACGACGAAGACGAGGAGGAUGGCGGCGGCGGCGCGCGCAAGAAAGGUGAGGGCGACGACGACGAGGACGACGGCGAGGGGCGGGAGGAGGAGAUGGUGCACGUGUGCUGCGUGUGCAUGGUGCGGCACAAGGGCGCCGCCUUCAUCCCCUGCGGCCACACCUUCUGCCGCCUCUGCUCCCGCGAGCUCUGGGUCAGCCGCGGCAACUGCCCGCUCUGCAACGGCUUCAUCCAGGAGAUCCUCGACAUCUUCUGACGGAUCGAGCUCGCCGCCUUCAUUGUUUAUUUAUCUUCUACUAGGCCCUUGUACGUACGUCCAUGGAAUCAUCGCCGUCGAUCACCAUCGUCUUGCUCUGCUUCCUAUCCUAGACGAGGAUGUGAGUGGCCGAUGCGCCACUCCGGAAUCUGUGAAACUGAAACUCGUAGAUGAAUUCGAUUUCGAGCUGGCCAACACCAAACUCUUACUUGGUGUUUGCUAUACUGCAUACAUUUUUUUUUUGUGAUGUCAUUGAUUGUUCAAGUAUGUUGUUACAGUAAGUUGCAAUAAAAUGGUAUAGUAUUACACAAUGUGUGGGUAUUUACGUAUAGUAUUUCAGAGUGGUUGUUAGGUUGACUAACCAGCACCAAAGAUAGCAAGAUAAGAGCGUAUGAUUCACAGGAAUUUCUGCAUCUACAUCCAACUAACCAGAGCAUCUUUUGUUUAGCUGAGGGCUGUCGCUCAUAGGAACCUGUAUAAUUGUAUCCCAGUUGGAAGUUGGAACUGAACUAUCAAAAUUGUUCCUGUCACCAUCUGAUUUGACGACAA